UGUUCUAAAAGAAUGCUGGGAUCAAGCGGAAGAGCUUGAACUUGUUAUAGCUCGAAAACAAGGCUCCGAAAAUGAGUUCAGAUAGCAACGAAAACUCCAUUCCACCGAUCACAGCUGAUGUGACAGAAGCGGAGAUUCGAAUGAAUGUCAAAGACAAACUGCAACUCAUCGAUAAGGAAGUACGAGAGCUGUACGAAUUUUGCGUGAAAGCUGGCUACACUCCGGAGCAAAUCGAGCUAUGCGCUACACCGAUGCUUGCAGUUGAGACUAGCGUGAAGCGGAAGAGCUGGUUCAAGCGACUCGGCUAUCUUCUUGGGGUAGUGCUGUUGGUGUUUUUCUUCGUUUACUAUGAGCCGGCCUACUACAACAUCUGCAUCUACGCAAAACUCGCCUCCAUGAAGGUUUUGCCCUAUUGGGACUGGCGCUACAUAUAUGACGAGUUUUGUUUUGUGAAGAACCCAUACUAUGUUGAACAGAAACUGACCAAAAAGGAUUGUAGAGAGAACUGUAAAGAACUCAAGACCAUUGGAGUUAUUGAAAAAACUGAUGCCAAUGAAAUGUCAGACUUCCUGUUUAGUGAAACACCUGUUAUUAUCAAUGAUGCCACUGAUGACUGGCAAGCAAGGAAGGAUUUCAGCAUUGAGUUUCUUGCAAAGCUGUAUAGCGAAAAUAGUAUCCUAAGGAACAAUGAAGUUUGUAACUUUCAGACAACGAUAGAUGGUGAUUACAACCACCCGACACAGUUCUUGUCGGAUGUCAUUAAUGGAAAAAUACAAGACAGCUACGAGACCCACUGGGAAAAUUGUGAUUCAGAAACAGCCAAGAUAAUGCGCCAGUUUUACCGCCGCCCAUAUUUCCUCCCUCCCAUGGUAGAGGCAUCAGAGAGCAACUGGAUGACUGUGUCGCAAGGGGGGAACAAAUCACUUAAGGUAACGUGGAGUUCUUCCAUGACAUGGAUGUCCCAAAUAACUGGUCGCAGUCGCAUCAUUCUUCGCCCUGAUGCAGUCUGUAAGGGCAUCUGCAGAAACCUAAGGACUGAACUCGAAGCAGGGGACUCCCUUGUUUUUGUGAAUGAGAUGUGGUCCAUGUCUUACAAGCCAUUAGGAGACACACCAGUCAUCGCCAUUGGAGCCACUGGUAUCUUUGAUAGAAUAGACUAAACACUAUUUAGUGUACUGGAAUUAGUGAUUACAUCUAUUGUAUUCGUGACGUCUAUUGUGAUGCGUGACAUGGAUUGUAUUGAGUGUGCUGUAUUGGACAGCUUGCGAUAUCAAUGUCUGAAACAAGCAGUUGUACUUUAAGGUUAAAUUUAUGAAUAAAUAAUGUUUUGAAAAUGUUUUUUUGCUUUACUUACUAAAAUAUGGCACUAGCCAUAUAUAACAGUUAGCCAGACAAAAUACGACAUUCGCCGUUCCCUGGAAUAUAACGGACAUUUGCUGGAAUAGAACAGAGACAGACAUUGUUGUUUCCAUAGUAAACUAUUUUAUAGGCUUUUUGUUAAAAAUAGCGAAUAAUAUCUUUUUUUCAAACUUUUUUUAACUUGUUUUCCCAUUUCCCCCCUUUUUUUACUUGUUUUCCUGUCUCUGCCCCAUGGCGGACAGGUAACCGUUUGUGCUUUACCUCGGUCACAUUUAUCUCAAAGCGGCCCUUCAAGCCGGUAAAUAACAAUAUAGAUAGAUAAGGGAUGGUAAGAAAAGUGCGUCCAAAGUCCCAAAUCUUUAUCUAGCUGGUGCGGUGGUUGCGCGCUCAGCUUUAAUUAAACCGCGCCUGCUUUAUCAGCGCUUGUGUAGACAAGCAAAGACGUACAGGUACUAAAGACGUCAGGUUAAUUUAAAAAUAAUUAUAUUAUUGCGCUUCAUUGCUGGUGGGAGUUCGCGGGUGCUUAAGACUCAUGCGCAUGCGUGAACCAAUAAUGACGUGUCCUUUAACUGUUCAUCCUUGUGUGACAUCAAAAAACAAUGCGCAUGCGUGAACGAAAGACUAAUAAUGACGUGUCCUUUAACUUGUUCACCCUUGCGUGAUAUCAACACAUCUCAAAACACACUGCUAAAUACUAUCACACAGACCUUAUCUCAAGUCUCGUAAAAUUAAACAUUUGAAGAGGUGAAAGCUACAGUAUGAGACAGCUACCGGGAAAAGCCGCUAAAGAAACGAGGAAAAUGAAGAGAGAAAGAAAACAGCAAAAUAAAGAAGGACACAACAGAGUGGUGACCGUCGCCAUUCCCGUCUGCUUGGCUGUAUUUGUGAUGCUUAUUGUGUACGUGUACUCUGCGACAAGCAAGCACUGAAAAUGGGCUAGAAGAUAAAUGAACUAGAAGACAACUGUGAUUACUAACACUUGGAUAAUAAAGAAGGAUUGGAUCAUUAUCAAGAAUUCUGAAGAUCAAGUUGCCUUGGGAGAUAGAACUUAUAAGAUGGCAUUCAAGCAUCAUUUAUGAAUUUUUGUUUGAUAAAAAAAACUACUUUUAUAAGAAAGUCUAAUUUUUUGGGCAUUUUAAGGCUGAGAAUGUUCUUAUUUUUGGGGCAUUUUAAGGCUGAAAAUGUUCUUAAUGAUGUUCUUAAAUGUAUAUAGAAAUGCAGAACACAAUGAACUAUUAGGAAGAGAAGUACACAAAUGAUCAAUAGUCAGGAAAACACAAAAGAGAACAAUGGAAUCAGAUCGCAAUAAGGCGUUAUCCGCUAAAGUGUAGUUCACGGGUUUAUGAAAAUCACUACUUGUUGAGUAGUCAUGAUGUUUCGGCUACUUGUCCACAGAGUGAUCCAUGUUACACUACACUCUUCCUAUUUUUAAGAACUUUUUUUAUUAGAACGUCCAGCCUGGGAUCAACCAAAUUUUAAAAACAUACCAAGUCUCAGGUAGCAGACAAAACUAAUUGCUCUGUUAGCAGUCUGGUGCGUUAUAAAAUGCAGAAUCAAAUUCUGUUUAUAAUAGAGUGGUUCUCAAAAUCCCGUGAGAUACUACUUAGUUUAUUUAGUACUAAUACACUGUGAUGUCUUUGUUCUCUUUUUUUCUGGCUUGUCUAUUACACUUAAACAGCUAAAUUUGGUUGCACGGGUUUGAAAACCACUCUUACAACCUUAAUUAUUAUUGCUAUUAAACUUUGACUAGCACACUUUAUUUCACGGGUUAAUGAAAACCACUCUAUUGCUUUGCUCUUUGGAAGUAUUUAUCAAUAAAACGAGCUAAAAAUCAUUAAAA